UUUUGUUGCUGUAUUUUUAUGAGGGGUAUAUGGUGUGUGAGCGGGAGGGCUCGACGUUGGUUCAUAGCCGGGGGGUUAGGGCGACGGUUGAUGCGAUGGGGGGAUUGGGGAGUGUGUUGGCGGUUGGGGAUAGGUCGCUGAGUGUCUUGACGUGUUUGUUUGCGACGGCGGAUCUUACGACGAAGAUGUUGAGGGGGGGUGCGGCGUGUCUUUCGCCUUCGUCGUGGCGUCUGUUUCCUCCUGACUCGGUGUGGUGGCAGGAACAUGUGGUCGACGACGCAGCACCAUCGUCUCCGGCACCGUCUCUGGCUGGUGCAUUUGAGCAGAUGUCACACAUGCUGAUAUACCGGCAAUCCAUCGUGGAAAACAACAACACACUCUCGAUGGACAGGAUCAAAGCAUUCGAACUAGCACUGCAGCCAUCCUACAGCCCCUUCACCUUUUCAGAUCUGGACGGGUCGGACGUCCCUUCCAACUCGGAAAUGGUAUCACACCACGCAUUUCUUCGCGCAUACCAACACACAGCUCUUGUCUAUCUGUACAGGGCAGUGUGCGGUUUGCCGGCGGGACAUCCACAAGUCCAGCAGCACAUCAAUGCCUGCCUCGACGCCAUCGAUGCGGUGCCUCGCAAGUCCAAGAUCCUAAACUGCCUGGUAUUCCCUCUGUGUGUUGCGGGGGCGCAUUUGAGGGCAGCCCAGCGCCAGCGUCGUGUUUUGGGCAUUCUGUUGGCUAUCCAAAAUCAGCUGAAGUUCACGUCUUUGAAACAGAUAGCAGAGUUCUUGGAGAGCUGUUGGAGGAAGGAACCGGGGAAUAGUUCGUGGCUUGAUACGUUUGCGACACUGAAUGUGAAUGUAAUUAGCUUCUAGAGGCAAUCUCAUCAGGAACAUGCCUCUGACACUUCCAAUUUCCGCAGUAUCUUCCACGGCUUUGUUUUAAU